UUUGAAACGCUGCUUUGUUUAUUGUUCGUUGUAUCCCAAAGAUUAUCAAUUUGAUAAAGAUGAAUUAAUCUUGCUAUGGAUGGCUGAAAAUCUUUUGCGACCUCCAAAGAGGGGAGAGACUUUAGAAGAAGUUGGUCGAGAGUGUUUUGAUGAUUUGGUUUCAAGACUAUUUUUCAAGCAGGGCGAGGACUAUUUAAGGAAGUAUUUUGUGAUGCAUGAUCUCAUGCAUGACUUAGCAACUUCUCUUGCUGGAAAUCUUUAUUGUAAAUUCUCAGAAGAACUUGGUGAAAAGGAAGAGAUGAGUAUUCUAACUCGUCAUUUGUCAUAUGGUGAUUCAAUCCCUGAGAAAAUAUGCUCCUCUAAUAAAAUAGAAUCUUUGAGGACAUUGUUGUGUCGCAAACAUGGAGCUCAUGCCAGGAAAGGAUGCGCAAUGUUACCAGGUGACAUAUUGUCAAAGAAUAAAUAUUUGAGAGUUUUGUCCUUUGGUAGACUCAAUAUAUUUCCUGAUUCACUAGCUAAAUUGAUCCAAUUGCGCUAUUUGGAUCUCUCUUGGAGUGAUAUUGUGGUAUUGCCCGAGUCAUUGUGCAAGUUGUGUAAUUUACAAACAUUAAAGCUAGAAUAUUGUUUUAAACUGACUAUGCUGCCCAAUGGCAUGUAUAAUCUGGUGAAUUUGCGGCAUCUUGAUAUAAGGGGUACUCCUCUGAAAGAAAUGCCAAAAGGAAUGGGCAAAUUAAAACAGUUGCGCAUUUUAAGCAAGUUUGUGGUGGGAAAGCAAGAAGACAAUGGAAUGGAAGAGUUAGGAGGGCUUUUAAAUCUUCAUGGAUCACUUGAGAUUGAGAAAUUGGAGAAUGUGGUUGAUGGCAAUGAGGCAAGGAGUGCAAGGAUAAUAGAUAAGAAGCAGAUUGAGGAGUUAUUGUUGAAAUGGUCUCUGUCUUCAGGUGAUGAUAUGGUUUCAAAAACACAUACUGAUGAACAAGAUAUACUCCACGGCUUGCAACCACACACAGGCUUGAAAAAGUUGACUGUUGAUGUAUACAGAGGUAAAAUAUUUCCAGACUGGAUUGGGCAUUCCUUGUACCAAAACAUGACAAGUGUAUCUCUAGAAUGUUGCUGGAAUUGCUGCGUGGUGCCUUCACUUGGACAGCUGCCAUCUCUAAAGUCCCUCCGCAUUGAAAGGUUUGAUGAGCUGAAGAGCAUUGGCAAGGAGUUUUACAAGAAUGAAGGCCAUCAACAUUCUUCGCCUAUUGCACCGUUUCCCUCACUGGAGUCAUUGGAAUUUGAUAGGAUGUCAUGCUGGGAGGAGUGGCACUUACCUGACUCAGAAGCCUUUCCUCAGCUUAAGAGUCUUCAAAUAAGAGGGUGUCGAAUGUUAAAGGGAGAUAUGGUUAAUCAGGUAUUAAUGAGAAUCGUUUCUUCCUCAUCGGAUGUUUCCAAAGUGCGCCAACUGAAAAUACAAGAUGAUGAACGAUGGCAUAAAAAGAUGAGACUUGAUGGGGAUAGUUUAUCAAUUAGGGGAUUUGAAUCUGUGGCGGAGUGUGCAUUUAAGGCAAGGAUCAUCCACCAUCUAACUUCCCUCCAAGAAAUAUAUAUCUCAUGGUCUGAGUCUGUUGUAUCCUUGGGGGGCAAUUGUUUACCCAAAUCUUUGCAAAAACUCACAAUCUUUCAUUGCCACCACAUUGAAUUACUCCAGCAACAACACAAGUAUGGUUUGGUAGAUCUACAAAUAUAUGAAAGCUGUGAUUCACUGACCUCAUUGUCGUUGGAUGCCUUUCCCAAUCUCAAGAAUCUGGAGAUAAAAGACUGUUCAAAUCUGGAAUCAGUUUCAAUGUCAGAGCCACCACACGCUUCUCUUCAACGUCUCACCAUCUUUAACUGCCCUCAAUUAGUGUCAUUUCCCCAAGAAGGACUGGCUACACCCAACUUGACUCAUCUCGAUGUUAGCAGGUGCUUGAAGUUGGAGGCAUUGCCACGUGGCAUGAAUACUCUUCUCCCAAAUUUAGAGUCUCUCGACAUACAAGGUUGCCCAAACAUUUGUAGGUGGCCAGAGGGUGGUUUGCUGGCUAACCUGAAAGAGCUUAGGAUAGGAGAUUGCGAGGAACAAGUGAGGGGUCUAUCAUGGUUGGGCAACUUGGACAACCUCACUCAUCUCACCAUUUCUGGUGUUGGGUGUAAGAGCAUAAAGUCAUACCCAGAGGUGGGUUCGCUGCCUCACCUUCCCUCCCUUACCACUCUUGAGAUAUGCUGGUUCAAGAAUCUGGAGACAUUGGAGUGCAACGAGCUUCUCCGCCUCACCUCCCUUCAGCAAUUGCACAUUUCAAGCUGUUGGAAGCUGGAGAAUAUGGCAGGAGAAAAGCUGCCUCCCUCUCUCUUGCUACUUCGAAUUCGAUGUUGUUCUUUGCUAGAAGAACACUGCAAGAACAAGCAUCAACUAAUCUGGCCCAAAAUUUCCCACAUCCCCACCAUUAAAUUCGUAGAUUUCUGAGCAGGUGGCUUGUGUACAUAUCAAGAUGUAAUCCUAUACAUUGGCUAUAUAUCUUCAUUUAAUUCUAAGAUCAUUGGAGGUGGUAAUUAAGCUGGAUUAAGGUGUUGGGAACCAGAUACUGUGUUUUCUGAUUUUGGCUUUAUGUUAUUGAAAAGCAAGGACAUGAUGGAGAAAGUUAGAGUAGUGGCACUUAUGAUUGAAAAGCUUUUGUUGUUGUAGGUAUAUUUUUCUAUUCCUCGCUAUAAUUUUAUUUUUGCUAUUUUCCACAGAGAAAAAGUAAAUGAUAGCUUAAUUUGUGGAAAGAAUUCACAGAAUUGUUGUGUUGCAAGAUUCUUGUAGGACAGUAAAAGGAAUCAGCAUGCAUGAGAUUCGUACUCUAAUGUUACUUCUUCAUCAAGCAAUCCCACUGAAAUCUUCAAGCUUUUUUCCCAUCAUCCUUCACAAAUUCAGUUGUAUCUUCAUCCUGCACUUCCACUGAAAUCUCUUUUAGUGCAUAGAUGCACGAUGAAUCUUGUUUUGCUUUCUCAUUUUGUUCUUCAUUCUUGGAACCACGGUCAGCGCCAUCCUUGGCUAUAACUCUCUCAGGAAAUUUUUCAUUUUUUUGGUUCAAAUUUAUAUGUAUUGGUGUUUGGUUGUUUUAACUUAGUGUAAGCAUGAUUUAUACACUUAUUUGAGAUUCUCUUGUAUCCUUAUUUGAUUAUAGUGGUACUUUUUUUUUGUCUGAA